CACAAGUCUAGCGCCACCUGUAGCCAAGAUGGAGGAAGGUCCCAUGGCGUCGACUAAGCUCUACGUGGGCAAUCUCUUCUACGAGCUCACGCAACGCGACGUGGAGGCAGAAUUUGGCAAGUUUGGUCCCAUCGAACAGUGCGCUGUCAAGAAAGGCUACGCGUUCGUCCAUUACGAGCAGCUAGAAGACGCUGAGUUGGCUGUACAAGAGAUGAAUGACAAAGAACUGGGUGGCCGUCGUCUGCGCGUGGCCUUCGCCGUCUCGCACGGCACCCAGCGCCGCUUCGACGGCCCUCCACCUCCCAUGCAGAAUAAUGCGAGUCCGGCGCCGCCCCCGCUGCUGCACAGUCCACGCUUCCCCGUGAACGCAUCGCCCAAUCUGUUCGUGGCUAACAUCCCACCUCAUAUUAAGAUGAGUGAACUGGACCAGGCCUUUGCCCAGUUUGGGGAAGUCAAGAAUGUCAAGGUGCUGCCCCAGGCCAGACCCGAUGCCCCCAUGUCCGCCUUCGUGGACUACACGGACAUCUCGUCGGCCCAGAAGGCCCACAGUGCGACGAUCAUCGUGGCGGGCCAACAUCUGCGCACGGACUAUAAUUUCCGCAAGAGCAAAGGAGACGGACCCAAACGUGUGAGUCGAGGCAGUUUCGAUGGUAGUGGCGCUUACGACGACGAAGAACGCGGAGGAGGACGAGCUCGCUACGACUCGUUCGACUCCGGAAGGAAGAGCCGGUACGAAGACGAGUUCGAAGACUCGGACCACCGCCGUCAUCAUCAUCACCGCCACUCAAGUCGUCACCAUUCGUCGCGCCACAGUCGUGAGAGCCCUGAGGAGCGGGGACGCAGUGGUUCUCCUCCGCGUUAUCGCCGCCACAGCACUAGCAGCAGCUUGCGGAGAGGCGACGAGGCCGCGGGGAUGGGUGAGCGUUCGCGUGACUAUCCCGGUAAGCGCUCGUACGGGCGUCCUGAUGAGAUCGACGAGUUUGAUCAACCCGAACGUCGUCCGUACUAUGAGGCUCGGUCGAGAGAAGAGGAACGGGUGCCCCGCAAGUACUCGGGAAGGACACUGGACAAGUCCCCGCAAGAGUACCGUCGCUACAGUCGACCGGAGAUGUCGUCGCGCCACGGAUCGCGUCGUGGUCCCCGGAACGACCGCAGCUGGUCCCCUCCUCCGUCGGGCGGACCUCGCAGUCGUAGCCGUAGUCGCUAG